GAAGCUCUGCCUUCCCUCCCCUCUUCCGCAUCUAAUAACAAAGGCUUCCAUUGGGUGGUCGCUCUUCCUUGGCGCCUGUCGGAAGAAUGGCGGACCGUCUAACUCAGCUUCAGGACGCCGUGAAUUCGCUUGCAGAUCAGUUUUGUAAUGCUAUUGGAGUAUUGCAGCAAUGCGCCCCCCCUGCAUCCUUCAGCAAUAUACAGACUGCAAUAAAUAAAGAUCAACCUGCUAAUCCUACAGAAGAAUAUGCCCAGCUAUUUGCUGCAUUAAUUGCAAGAACAGCUAAGGAUAUUGAUGUUUUAAUAGAUUCUUUGCCCAGUGAAGAGUCCACAGCUACGUUACAGGCUGCAAAUCUGUACCACUUGGAGGAAGAGAACCAUGAGGCAGCUGCCCGUCUUGAAGAGGUGGUUUAUCGCGGAGAUCUGCUCUUGGAAAAGAUACAGAGCGCCUUAGCUGACAUUGCUCAGUCCCAGCUGAAGACACGGAGCGGCACCCGCGGCCAACCUUUCCCAGAGUGACUGUGGCAUUCGGCAAGGCCUGACGGUGACGCCCAGGAGACAGGAGAACGACCACCUGACCCAGCUCGCUCUCAAGCCUUAAUCCUGUGAACUAUUUAUGAGACUCUGCUUAUGGGAUGCAAUUCAAGUCGUAUCUUUUCUGUGAUACUCUGCUAGUAUGAGAGACCGUCACGAGCAGAAGAUUUCUGGAAUUUUCAGUUCCACGUAUGUGUUACAUCCCAGCCUUAUACUUUGAUUGGUUUGUCCGUGGGCUGGAACGUAUGGUCUCAUGCAGAGAUAUCCUUGCAUCCUCACCUCAACUACGAUGCAACAAUUUUAUUGUAAAUUUGCAUGGGGUAGAGAGAUUUGGAUAUGUGUUUCUCAAGGAAAAUGCCUGAAUAUUAUCUGGAGGUCCUGUAGAAGGGGGGAAAAGGCAUUCCAGAAGUUGUUGAACCAGUGGCAGUUUGUAUACAACUUCACCUAGAAAUGUAAUUGUUAUGCGCAGUGAUAAUAGUACGGUCUGCUUUGGGCCAAGAAUGUGAAAAAGUGUUCUGGAGAACCAGGAGCUUUCCUGCCUUUUCCACAUAGCAUGUAACUGUGGCUAAAUUCAAUGAAUCAAGACAGUAUAAGCUGAAGUAUUGGUAAAAGAACUACCGUUAGAAGCACUGCAUUUGUUGUAUCAGGUCUAAGUGAAUAAAGGUUCGGUGUCGCAUUGAGCAAA